UCCGAAGGGCCGUGAGGUGAUUGGAUAUUCCAUCUUACGUCACUUCCGUGUGUGUGAUGGCGGCCGAUUUGACUCCGAGAUUCCGAAGGUUAAACAGCCAGACGAGGAGUAUUCGUGAAAAUGGCCAAAUAGGUUUCUCUGGGCCGUUUCAUGCCACACAGCUAUGGAAAAACAUCAUCCAGGCGCUGCAGACGCAGGUGGAAGUACGGCCUAGGCGGCUGCAUUUGCGCACGCACGCCGACUGUUUCACCGGCUCGGACGCGGUGGAUGCGGUGCUCAGUCACCUCAUGCAGGACGUGUUCUUCUGUUCCAACGAGAUCUCGCGCCUCAAGGCCACCCGACUCUGCCAAGCUUUCAUGGAAGCCAAGGUUUUUGAGCCCGUGGGGACGAGACUCUUUCGCAGGGAGAAAGAGGCCACGUUUGAGGACUCGAGCUGCAGCCUGUAUCGAUUCCUCGAUUGUGACGCCUUGCCUGGCUCAAUGAAGUGCGGAAACAUGGAGAACGAGACACCUGACGUUCCUAAAGGGAAGAGAAAGAUUCACAGAAGGGAUCAGCUGAGGACCUUUUCUAACCCUCUGGCUUCGGAGGCGUCAGACAGGAGGGUGGAGAGGCUGCUGAGGACCAUCAACCUGAGACCUUCCAUGCCCUCUGACCGGCCUGUGGCCGCUGUCAGUAGCGCCCUUCCCAAGAGAGUGGUGGAAGAGGUGUGGAAGCAGCAUACACUCCUGCAGCUACUGCAGAUUGUGGAGCUUCCUGUCCUAGACGGCAUUUUGACUUCGACGGCACAACUGGAGCCACAGGAACGAGUCCUCCUGUCUAACUGUCAAGACCUGGUCAUCCCCAACAGCUUUGUUGACAAGGAGGUCAUCCAGAGCCUGAACCUCCCACAGCUGGAUCCCUGGCUGGUUGCUGCCGCUGACUGCCUGGAGCACUUCCCCGAUCAGCUGAUUGUGGUCGCAGGGGAGCAUCUCCUCCAGCAGGGCGGUGCUGUAGCUCAGGGGGGUGGUACCCUUGCCACCACAAAGCGAGUUCUCUUUGACAUCAUCGCCAAGCACUAUAAUGGCCAGGAUAGGAAGGCGCUCAUCUCUGGACACUAUCUGGACAUUCAUGUUGCCAUCCUGCACCUGCUGGCGGAGGCCAAGCCAGAGUCGGCCCUAAGUGCCUCCCAGCUGUGCCUACAGCUAAUGGGUCCCGGCGAUCGUGACGAGCUGCGGAGGCUGCUGUCCUUCAUGGCCACCGCAUCGCAUCCGGAUGCCUGCCGACUGCACAAACAGACCAACAACCAGUCCUUCGUCAGUCGGACCUUCCAGAAGGCCAUAGUGCAGAGUAAAGAUCUGUCCCGGGCCCAGAGUGAGAGGCUGGUUGUGUUCCUGAUGGACAACCAUGAGAGACUCUUCAAGACGCCUGCAUCGCUGAUUAAGAUGGUGAGCAAGACUUUGCAAUGCCUACAGCAAGGCAGGGACUUGGAUGCUAUACCAACAUUUGCAUUUUGUCAGCGUGUGACUGUGCAGCAGUAUGAGGCCCAGAGGGACACGGCCACCCAGGAGAGCCUGAAGCAGCUGAUCCGGAACGUCAGCCUAAGCGCUACGCUGCCCUUCAAAGACAGGAGGAGGCUGAUGAGAGAUUUCCAGAAACAUCACCCAGUAGUCUUCCUCCAGCACUUUGCCACAACUAUCGAAUAGAACGGCACCACGCAGUGGUGGUCAUCCAACACUGUUUCUCAAGUGGAUGGAUUUUAGCCACUGUGAUUAGUAAUUAGCUGGGGUUACAGUAAUGACUGUCUGAGGCCUCUUGACCUUAUUAUAAAACAUAUAGGCUAUUAGUCUGCAUGCUAAAUCAGAGAUGCUAACUUUGGUUAGCUGGCUGGUGUGAGAUUUUCAUUUUGAGACGUCUGCACACGCAUUUACAUGCAUGUAACAGUUAUUACCUUGCAAAUAGUCUGUAGGGUUUGCAAACUACCCCAGUGCUUCUGAUGCAGCUAAUUUUAGGUUUAUAAUAUAGAUUUCUUGGGUGAGUGUUACACCAAGUGCUUGAGAGUAGGCAACCCUGUUAAAUGUAUUACCAAAUGUAGUUCUCUCAGGGAUAGUUAGUAGUAACUAGUCUUAAGGAACAGGCUGCUGCUUAAGGGAAGCAUUUAAAUGAUUUAAUUUUGUUCUGUGGUAUUAACUUCGAAUUGUAUUGGGGCACUUGAAGCAGGAUGUCUUGUGUAAAACUGUAGCUUAAGCUUGGGCAGUACCUAAUUUUUUGUCAUACCGUCAGGACAUUAUAUGGCAGUAUACUGUACUUUACAACACAACACUAUUCCAGUAUUUUGAAAUCUUGGCGUUUUAUGAAUCGUUAAUGUUCUGUUGAAAUUUUGAUGCGAUUUGAUUGCUUUUACAGUAAAUUCGCGCUGAACAAACAAAUGGAAUUGGAUUUAAAUGGGAAGAUAUCGGGUACGUCAUGAAAAAUAUAUGUGACCUAUUGAAGUCUGAUCUUUCCAUGUGUGUACAAUUAUUCUGUGUUUUAGAAAGGUUUGGUUACAUUUUAUUGCUGUAAUUUUAAAUGAAUGGUAUUCAUGGCUAGGUUUUAGCACAGUGUCGUCCAGAUUUGCUACUCAUUUUAGAGUAUUCCAAUAUGCAUCAAAGUGUUGGAAUAAUUCAGUUAUUUGCAAUAUUUUAACUAUUUGAUUCAGAAUUAAUAUCAAAUGCACUUUAACAUGCUGGAAAUGUUUGACGAUGUAAUUUGAAAAUAAAUUAUUUAAAAUAAACACUAAUUUUAAGCACACCGCAUUGGUGAGUCA